ACUGCACAAAGUAACGUCGGAUCCUACAUUUGAGAAACGAUCUUAGCGAGUUUGUUGUACACCAAUUUUGAUCGAUCAAAACACACACACUCACACGCACGUAAUCACAGUGGAGAGCUCGAUUCCAUUGCAAAAAUGGAGGGAGACGAGGCGCCAUUGGACGACAAGGCCAAAAGAAUGAGAGAUCUUUUAUCCAGUUUCUACGCUAUUGAUUCUUCUUCCUCUCAUUCCACUGCAACUCUUAAUCACCAUGCACUUCCUUUUAACGCAUCCGCCAGAUACGCAACUCUCGAUACCAUCAACACCGCCUCUUUCGAUGCCGAUCGAUACAUGAAUCUUCUCGUGCAAAAGUCAAAUUUGGACGCGUUGCUUCAGCGACAUUUUGAAAUGGCUGCUGAGAUAAAGAAUCUUGACACUGACUUGCAAAUGCUGGUUUAUGAAAAUUAUAACAAAUUCAUCAGUGCUACAGAAUCAAUUAAAAGAAUGAAAGGCAAUAUUGUUGGCAUGGAAGCUAACAUGGAGCAGCUCUUAGAAAAGAUAUUAUGUGUGCAAUCUAGAAGUGAUGGGGUGAAUACUUCGCUUCACGGAAAGAGAGAUCAUAUAGAGAAAAUGCAUCGUACCCGCAAUCUUCUGCGUAAAGUUCAGUUCAUAUAUGAUCUACCAACCAGACUUGGCAAGUGUAUCAAAGCUGAAGCCUAUGCAGAUGCAGUGAGGUUGUAUACUGGAGCCAUGCCAAUUUUCAAGGCAUACGGGGACUCAUCAUUCAAAGACUGUAAGAGAGCUUCUGAACAAGAAGUAUCUGUAAUUAUAAAAACCUUGCAGAGGAAGGUUUUAGCCGAUUCUGAGUCCGUACAGGCAAGAGCUGAAGCUGUAAUGCUUUUAAAUCAGUUAAAUUUCCCGGUUGACAAUUUGAAAGACAAAGUACUUAAAAAGUUGGAACAAGUCCUUGGGGAUAUGAAUCUUGAGUCCGGAGAAGUAGCUCAACUCCUGGAUAAUUUUGAUGAAUCCUCUAAAAAAGAAAUCGUUCCCGAAUUAAGUCCUGAGAAUUCUCAAACGGUAUCUACUCGUGAGUUUGUGGAAGCUGCCCGUGCUUAUAAAGUAAUAUUUCCUGAUUCGAGAGAGCAACUAAUCAGGCUUAUGAAGGAUUUAAUAAUGAAGCACUUUGAAGUCACCCAAAGACACAUUGACCAACAAAUUUCUUCGACAGAUCUUUUAGAAAUGCUGCGUAGUAUCUGGAAUAAUGUGCUCGUGAUGGAUGAAAUUUUGCCCGAGGCUGCUUUUCCGGAGUUAUCUUUAAAGGGUGCCCGUGUUGCUGUCGAGCACUUCGUUACUAUUUCAUUUUCUCGUCUUCUACUUAAUAUUACUGAUCCUCUUACGAAACUCCAAAGGAGGCAGGAGGGUCUAGGAGAGGAAUACUCUUUUCAGGGUGUUCUAGAGGCCAGUAAAAAAUCUGUAAUCCAGGACAGUAUGAGUGUCUUACUGGACUUCCGUCAGCUUCUUGAAGAAAAUCUGGGCCUGCUUCUGAAUUUAAAUAAAUUGAUUAUUGAAUGGGUACAUCGAGGAUUUCAAGACUUGUUCAAAAAACUUGAUGAUCAGUUCCGAUCACUUUCAGGACUAAACACCUUGGCUGGAGGAGUUACAGAGGGUUCACAGAGUGAAAAAGUGCUUCCUGGGAUUGUUCUAGUGAUGUCUGAACUCUCAAUUUUUAUUGAACAAAUUGCUAUACCAAGAAUUACAGAGGAGAUGGCAGUUUCUUUUUCUGAAAGUGGCGCAAGAGGAUAUAAUUCUGGACCUGUCUUUGUUUCUGAAGAAAUUUGUCAUACUUUCCAUUCAGCGAGUGAAAAGUUCUUGCACCUUUAUAUAAAAAUGAGGAUGAAGAAAAUAUCAGCUAUUUUGAGGAAGAGGUUUACAGCGCCAAAUUGGUUAAAGCACAAAGAACCUCGAGAAGUUCAUAUGUUUGUAGAUAUUUUACUUCAAGAGUUGAAGGUAAUCGGAAACAAUGUCAAGCAGAUUUUACCUCAAGGACCACACGUUAAGCACCGACAUACAGACAGCAAUGGGAGUGGCAGUUCAUCACUGAGUAACUCAUUUAAUAAUGAUAAAUUGAGCAAAUUUAAUAUGCACAGGACCAGGAACCAGCUUCUGGAAACUCAUCUGAUAAAUUUAUUUAAGCAAAAGCUGAAAAUAUUCACUAAAGUUGAACAUACACAGGAAUCCGUAUAUUCAACUAUUGUAAAACUUUGCUUGAAAAGUUUGCAUGAGUUGGUCAGGCUCCAGACAUUUAACAGGAGCGGUUUUCAGCAAAUUCAAUUGGAUAUGCAGUUCUUAAGGUCUAUGUUAAAGGAAACUGCUGAAGAUGAAGCUGCUGUCAAUUUCCUGCUUGACGAGGUAAUCGUCGCUGCAGGGACACGUUGUCUUGAUCCAAUUCUUUUGGAUUCUCCAGUUUUGGACAAACUGAUACAAACAAAGUUGGCCAAGAAUUCGGAAGAAAUUCAAGUUUCGCCUUAGUCAGCAGCCCUUCAAAAGUUGCCUUAUUCUAGAUAACCUGAGCUAUGCAUGAUGCAUUGAUAAAGUGACUUAAGUUUAAUGUCUGAGAGUUUUCAGAACUUGAGCACGUUUAUUUUUCCACUGUAGUAGAGAAGAUACAUAUUUGUGUGUGGCCAACUUUUUUUAUUGCAUUAAUUCUUAUUACAGAUUUACAGUUUACCGUGGCAUUCAAGAAAUAAAUAUGACAUUCUCAAGGAGUGUUUGGUUGGGGGUUAAUGAGUUUAGUAAACAGGAAUGGAGACCCCAUUCCCUCACUUGGUGUUUGGAUUGGGUUUUUGACUGCCGGGACUCGGAAUCUGUAAAUUUUUAGCUGGUAAUGAUAUCCUCACCAG